AUGGAGUCUGUGCUCCUCACCGCCUCGUCUCCGCGAGCCCUUCACCCCGUUCUCACGACGGACAAGGUAACCCUCAAGCCGCACCAACUGGCGAUGAUACAGCGAUGCGGCGAGAUCGAGGAGACCUCCGACGUCCUGGUGAUGAACGACAAGCCGGGCUCGGGGAAGACGUAUGCGAUCCUGGGAUACCUACUGGCUCGGAAGCAGGCGCUCGGCGGGAAGAUCGAAACCACCAUCAUAUUCGUGCCGCACCACAUUCUCACGCACGUGGCCAGAGCUCUGAAGAGCGCACACGCCUCCGUACCUCGCGUGGUUCUGGACGAAGCCUUGGCGCUGCACGUGAUGUACGCCUCCGUUCCCGCUGAGAAGACCUGGUUCGUCUCGGGAGACUGCGACUUGGUCGAGCAUUUCCCAACGAUGCCGAAGAACUGGCGGGGGCACAGGUUUAAGGUCGCCUGUCAGUGCGACGACCGCUUCGUAGCUUCGAGCUUCGACCUAGAAGAGCCUCUCGUCACGGAAAAGCACUGCACGUCCCUGCUCCUGGAAAGGGUGCUGAUUCCCGCGCGCGUCACCGACGAGAAGGAGCUCAUCAUCGCGUUGCUCAGGUACACCCAGCAGUCGCGCGAGGCGAAUUCCGACAGGAUCGAGCUCUGCAAGAGCGCCCUGGAGCGGCACACGAUGAAGGGCAUCGGAAACGAGCGCACCCAGCGCGAGGUCUACGAGAAUGAGAUCAGGGAGUGCGUCAACAAGAUGGGAGCUGCCGAGUCUCUGAUCCGCACCAUCAUGGAGCGCGUGGCUGAGUGCGGCCUCUGCGUCGCCUGCUUUGACGGCCCGAUCUCGCGGCGGCUGGUCGCUCCCUGCGACCAUGCGUUUUGCGAAGCCUGCGGUGCGAAGCCGCCGUCCGAGUGUCCGGUCUGCGGGGCGAGGAUUUCGGGUAGCCUGCAAACGGCCGAGCUGGAAGCACCCCAGAAGGAGGGGGAAGAGGGGCCGAACAAGCUGGAGUGCUUGCUGGAGAUCGUGGAGAAGUCCGGCCCGGCCGCAAAGAUCCUCCUCUUUUCCAAGCACGUCAGGAUCUAUCAAGAUCCAGGCCGUUUCCGCUCGCGCGGCGUGCCCUAUGCGGAUCUGGAGGGAGGGUCUCAGGCGGUCAUCGACGGCGUGGUGCGCGACUUCAAGCGAGGGAGAGUCAAGUUACAGCUUAGCGAGCCUGUCGCUUUUUGGGACGAGGACGUCUCUGUGCUCGACGUGCGCUUCGUGAACGCAUCCUCCGCUUGCAGCUUCCUCGGUCUCGGCCUGGAAGGAGAUUACGACAUCAGCAUCUCCUUCCACCCGAGGAGCGCAAAGCCCAUCAGGGUUUUGCUCAUGGAGGAGAGCGGCGCGGACGCAACCGAUGACGACCCAGACGUCUUGGAGAGGAGCAAGAUGUGGGAGUCCUCCGGAUACAAAGUGCUUCGGGAGUGGACGCCCCGGAGUAGAGUGAGUUCCAGGCGCACCUCUUUCGAUGGCCGCCCGCCUCCGAAGGCGCAGAAAGAUAACUUCAAGGGCCGCUCCGUCGUUUACACCAUAAGAACGCUGUCCGCGAGGAUGCAGGGGAAGUCCAACAAAGGUGCCGACUCCGAUCUGGACUUGCGGCUCGGGAUCAGAGAGCCGAUGCCGGAAGCCGACGACUCGUCCCUAGUCCUGAAGGUCACGACGAUCACUCGCGUCUUGCCGCGACAAGAGAAAGGUUGCACCAGCGUGAGAGCGGUGUCGUCGGUCCGCAUCACCACCAGCGCCGGUGCUCGCAGCCUCGUCGACUGCGACACCGGCUCUCAUCAAGUGGGGAUCUUCGAACGCUUCGGAAACGCCGUCUACUGCAACUGGAUUUUCGGCGGCCAUACAUUCGAGUGCGGCCGAACUGCCGUGGUGCCGCUAACCUCCCCAGCGGAAUCGGAGUUCUGCGCGAAUUCAUUCUAG